UCAGCUCUUCUCUCUUUCGCAACCAGAGCAUACACCAUGAAGACUGCCGCACUCUCCCUCGUUGCGUUGACUUGCUCUUGCGCGAAUGCCUUCACCGUGUCCCCCGCUGCACUGAGGACGCAAGCGCGCGGCCGCAGCAACACCGCCACAUCAAGCACAUCUCUGCGCAUGGGGUGGUCGCUCAAGGAGGCGGACUUCAUCCCCUCCGAAGAAUGGCUGGGCGAAUACCUGGGGGAGCAAGGGCUGCGCUACAGGAUGGACAAGACGGAGAAGGAAGUCGCGGAGGAGGGUGACUACACACUGCUUGAGAAGAUCUUCGGACAGACCUCAAACAACGCGGAGCGCAUGAAGUUGAAAGCGGAGGUGCUGGCCAAGGCCGACAUCCCCACCAACCCCUCUCUUUACAAGACGUGGACCGAGAAGUACGGCUACGGAAGGUUUUUCCCCGUGUACGUAGACAAGUCGGGUUUGUCGGACGACACCCCCGCGCCGGCCAAGGCCGCAAAGACGGUCGCACCCAAGAAGGCUCCAGCGAAGAAGGCUGCUGCUAAGGCUGCGCCCAGGGCCGCUGCUGUCAAGGUCUCGUCGAGGCCCGCUGCUAAGGCCGCACCAAAGGCGAAGGCCGCUCCCAAGAAGGCGGCGCCAAAGGCUGCUCCUAAGAAGGCCGCCCCUAAGGUUGUCGCGGCAGCCCCCAAGCCCCAGGGCAACAUCAACAACCUGCCCAAGGCUCUUUGAGGAAGAUGAUCAUGACGUUGUUUUUCGCGAACGGCAUGGGUGAAAGUGCACACGUGAAGACCAUCGUAGUGGUUUCGAGUUUUUGCACGUGAAAACCACAGCAGCAUAUGGUGGUUUCGAGAAAACCACAGUAUAUAGUGUUUUGGAGCUUCUUUUCCCUUUUGCAGGCCUUUCCAUGCAAGACCGCAAGCUUCGAUAUAUUGUCGUGCCCACCGAAAUGUGUUUUACACAGCAGUUUUGCUCUCUUUCGGGUUGGCACGUUUCAUGCGAGUGGGUCCCGCCCCCCCGUGUUUUCUGAGGUUAUUUUUUGUUGCUGUUGGUCUGGCGUCCGAGUGGACUUGCCUGUGGCUAUGUAUCUACACAGGACCUAGGGUCUGCGGGAGCUUAGACCGUGUGCUCGUAUCCCUUUUUUGCGUUGUCCCCCUUCUCCUUGCCGGUGCAAUACAGCCGGCAUUAGAGUGGAGUUGGGCUUCCGUAAGGGGAAUAGUCGGAUAAUCGGGGGGGCAGGGGGUAGUCGGGGCGCUGCUUUUCUCCGUCGCACCUUUAUGCAUAGAUAAGAAAUAGCAAACACAGGGAGCGUGCCUCAGCCGGUUGUCGAUGUUGACACGUCGGCAAGAGGCGGUCUAUUUUUUCUCACACGAAAUGGCACAGGAAGUUCUUAAAUCGUGUGGGACAGCAGCAAGCAGUCUAGAUCACGUGUGUUGAGAGAGCGGGCGGACUCCGGUCGUAGUGACGGAGGACGCUUUUGGUACUCUCUUUCGCGCUUCCAGCUUCCAGUUUAGAUCACAUCGUGAGCGGGGAUGGGGCGAGGCUUGGGAGAGAGGCGUUCAUAGAAGGUGGAAGCCUGCCUGAAAGCGAGCUCGACGGAUAUCAAGAGAAAACACAGGUUAAGGUAAUCAUCAUUCAACCC